GCGCGCUCCAGUGCAAGUCGCGCUGUGUAGCUCGCGUGGAGCGUGACAGCAGCACCGUAGUGGAAGACGCAGUUUACUGUUGUUUCGUGCACUCGAGGGGCACCCGUUGUGCGCAUUUAGCAUUUAGUGGUGCUCGUGAAGGUGGCGCGGGAAUCAUGCCUCGAAAAACUGCGUGAUCGGUGCGCGAAACUUUCUUGUGAUGCCCGAGUCAAUGCCUAUGGCUGCUGCUGCCACUGCCUUGGCUAGCGCCGUGAUACUCUUUGCUGUGUUCACCGUCUCUCUGACAGCUGAUACAACGACGGAAACGACGCGAGUGAAAUGUCCGGAUAAUCAAUUUGCUUGUGCCGAUGGGCAAGGCUGCAUACCAAAGCAGUGGAAGUGCGACUUCUCCCCUGAUUGUGCGGAUGGCUCAGAUGAGCCUGAGGACUGUGUUCCUAGCACGUGUGCAUCAGGACAGUUCCAGUGUGCGCUAUCCAGACGAUGCAUUCCCAAGGGCUUUGUCUGUGACCGAGAGUCAGAUUGUGGCUUCACAGAUGACCUCGUCCCAGACACAUCUGAUGAAGAUGCGCGGCGCUGUCACCUAGGAAACAGCUGCCCGCAAAACUACUUUCGGUGCCACGAUGGCAUAACGUGCCGUCGAAUAGCUGUGCUCUGCGAUGGUCACAAUGACUGCCCAGAUUUCUCUGACGAGGGCCCUUUUUGCUCAGAGACAGCUCAAUGUGCCAAUGCAUCUUGUGAUCAUGGUUGCAAGCCGGGACCCCAGGGUCCUGUCUGCUUCUGCAAGAAAGGCAUGGAGCCCCAUCAUGAGAUGCCUUCCCUUUGUGUUGACGCCGACCCUUGCAGUGUUCCUGGCACCUGUGACCAGAACUGCACAAGUGGACCUAAGGGCUCACACAACUGCAGCUGCAUUGAAGGCUACAGGACAGUUGGAAGUCAAUGUUUUGGCAUCAAUGUCCCAGAGGAUGAAGAGGCCACACUUCUUUUUGCCAAUUCUAUAAACAUUCAACACAUUCGCCUGGACGGUUCUCCUGUUGCCGGCAACAGCAGCAUCGCUCCAGUGAAAGAAAGCCUUGCCAUGGAUUUUAACCACGUGAAUAGGACUGUGUGCUGGAUUAACCAUGAAGGAAACGAGACGGCCCUUCAGUGUGCUCUUGUCUCUCAGCUGGACGUGCGGUGGGACUUGAAGCUGAACGACUCUUUUUCGUUGACUACUGUCAAUCAAAUGGCGCUAGACUGGGUAUCCGGCAACUGGUACUUCCUGGACGAUGUGCGGGAGACCAUAUUUUGCAAUGCCUCUCUUUCUGUGUGCGUCACAGUGAUUGACGUUGGACUGAGCAAACCCCGUGGCAUUGCCCUGGACCCUUACAAAGGGUUCAUGUUUGUCACGGAGUGGGGCAGUGCAGCGCCGGUGUUGGAGCGUGCUCACCUAGAUGGAACUGAGCGUACCAAGCUUGUGGAGCAGAAGAUUGUCUAUCCUUUUGGCAUUGCCGUUGACCUGCCCAGGGAAGAGGUCUAUUGGGUCGACACCUACCUCGACAUGGUGGAACGCAUCAGCUACGAUGGUUCGAGGCGCACCACUGUUUUCCGCGGGGCUCCCAUGCGCAACCUGUAUGGCAUCACGGUGUUUGAAAACUACCUGUACGUGACAAGUUGGCACAGCAAUUCCGUGGUGGUUGUGCACAAGUACAACCAGAGUGACAUCCGCACUGUGAAAGCCAACCUGACAAGGCCAUUCUCCAUUCACGUUUACCAUCGUCAACGGAAACCCUUCGUGAGUGAGCACCCUUGCAGCCAAAACAAUGGAAACUGUGAGCACCUGUGCAUACCAUCAACCAUAAAGGGGACGCUGACAGCUCAGUGUAUUUGCCGGCCUGGUUUUCGUCUUGCAGAUCAGGGACGUUGCAUUGUGGUGGCUCCAGCACAGUUCCUGCUGUAUGCACGUGGGCGGCCGGGUGCGGUGAAAGGUAUUUCAACAAGUGACGACUUCCCUGAGUCCAAGGUGUUCCCACUACUGCGGCGUGAAGUGAUGGCUCCCAUACGUUCCCUCAGCCGCCCAACCGCUUUGGACUACGACGCCAGGACUCGCACCGUCUAUUAUUCGGAUGCCCAGCAAUUCGUCAUUGAGCGCCAGGGUCUGGACGGAUCCAAGAGAGAAGUGUUCACUUCUAAAGGCCUAAACAACUGCGAAGGGCUGGCUGUGGACUGGGCGGGUCGCAACCUGUAUUGGACUGAUGAGGGACAUUUGGGCAUCUGGGUUGCACGACUGGACAACGCCACACUGCGCCGGCAGCUCGUCUCUCUCAACAUGUCACAUCCAAGGGCCAUUGUAGUCGAUCCCAAGAGGGGGUACAUGUACUGGUCUGAUUGGUCAACUGAACCGUAUCCACCAAGUGAUGGCCGAGAUGGAGGAAAAAUAGAGAGAACAUACAUGGACGGUUCGCACCGCGAGGUGUUUGUCUCACAAGACCUGCACUGGCCGAAUGGCCUGAGCAUAGACUACGUUAACCGCCAGCUCUACUGGUGUGAUGUGUACUUCCAUCGCAUUGAGCGCAUCGGCCUUGAUGGCAAGGGGCGUGAGGUGCUGGUAGAAGGCGAGCACUUGGACCACCCAUAUGGCCUGGCCCACUUUGGAAACUACAUCUACUGGACUGAGUUCCAGAAGGGCCACAUUCUUCGCUUUGACACGGUUUCAAAGAACAUCACUAAACUCAAGACUGAAAACCCGCCCCUCUUUGAACUGCGUUUCUUUGAUGAGGCAUCGCAAUCGACUGCCAGCAGUUGCAGCAGUGACAAUGGUGGCUGCUCACAGCUGUGCUUGUCUAUUCCCGAGGGUCACUCCUGUGCUUGCGGGGACGGCUACUACCUGGCCACUGACGGCACUACGUGCCACCGGUCGGCAAACUAUACCGAGCCUUCACGGUGUCGUGAGGGUGAAUUUGAGUGCAAGACCAACCAGCGGUGCAUCGACAAGCGCUAUCUUUGUGAUGGCGACAACGACUGUGGUGACAACUCCGAUGAGGACUCUUCACCAUCUGGAAUCUGUGAGAAAGUGACCUGUCAGGAAGACCAGUUCCGGUGUGACGCCAACCGAUGCAUUUCCUUGCACUGGGUCUGCGAUGGGGAACGUGACUGCGUGGAUGGCUCAGAUGAAGAGCCAACGUCCAAGUGCAGAAACACGACGUGCAGUGCAGCGCAGUACACUUGCAAGGUGACUGGAAAAUGCAUACCUCACAGCUGGACGUGCGACUCUGACAAGGACUGCGGUGAAGGGGACACUUCAGACGAGCAUGAAGCCUGUGUGUACCCAGAGUGCGAUGUGACCGAGUUUCGGUGCAGCAAUCAGCGCUGCAUUCCCCUUGACUACGUGUGUGACGUGGAUGACGACUGUCGAGACGGGUCAGACGAGAAAGAUUGUGCUGCUGUGUCCUGUGACCGUGGCCACCGGUGUGGCACUGGUCACUGCAUCUGGGAUGCCCUUGUCUGCAACGGUGUCUGGGACUGUCAAGAUGGCUCGGACGAAGCCAACUGCACGGGAAGCCGCAACAGCACCAACGUACCGCCUUGCCACAAAGACCAGUUCGGCUGUGGGAAUGGCGAGUGUGUGCCUAAAAGCUGGCAUUGUGAUGGGAAACCCGACUGCCUUGAUGCAAGCGAUGAGAAAGGAUGUGGCAAUGUAAACUGCUCUUCGAAUGAAUUUCUUUGUGAGAACCGGCAGGAGUGCAUUCCAGUUCAGUUUGUCUGUGACAGUGACCAUGACUGCAUGGACAACUCUGAUGAAAAGAACUGCACAUCUGUGUCUCACCUCAAGUGCCCCAAACCCAGCCACACCUGUGACAACAACACUCGCUGCAUAGAGGUUACUCGUCUUUGUGACAAGGUUCCAGAUUGCAAGGAUGGCUCGGAUGAGGGUGGCCUCUGUGACGAUGGCCUGUGUAAUCCUAACGACUGCGAAGACUUCUGUCGACCCACACCAUACGGGAAGACAUGUUACUGUAGAGAUGGUUUGCAGCUCGCUAUCAACGGCCGGUCGUGCACAGACAAGAAACCAUGCUCCCAAUGGGGCGUAUGCAGCCAGAAGUGCUUUCAGCUGAAGCACUCGCACAAGUGUACAUGUGAGAAAGGCUAUGAACUUGCCUCAGACAUGUUUACCUGCAAAAGCACUGACCCAGCAACGCCUUAUGUCAUCUUCUCCAAUCGACAUGAACUGAGGAGUGUGGAUUUGAACACCAUGUCCCUCCGUGCACUCAUUACGGGCCUCAAGAACACCAUUGCACUGGACUUUUACCACUCUGACUCUGGUGACAUGCUUUAUUGGACAGAUGUAGUGGAUGACAAGAUAUACAGGGGUUCGAUCAUCUCUGGAAGUCUCUCAAGUAUCGAAGUAGUUGUGGAAACCGGCCUGGCAACUGCAGAAGGUCUUGCUGUAGACUGGAUAGGCGAGAAUCUCUACUGGGUGGAAAGCAACCUUGACCAGAUUGAAGUGGCUAAACUGAAUGGUAGUUUCCGAAGAACCCUGGUUGCAGGAAAUAUGGAAAGUCCCCGAGCCAUUGUGCUUGAUCCUAGAUAUGGAUUAAUGUUCUGGACAGACUGGGACAAGGAAGCACCCCGUAUUGAGCAGGCCUCCAUGAGUGGUGAUGGUCGGCGUGUAGUACUGCGCAUUGACGAAGUCACCCAGGGUGGAGCAUGGCCCAACGGACUCACGCUGGACUUUGUGGCUCUACGUAUCUACUGGAUCGAUGCCCGAUCCGACUCUGUGCACACGUCACGCUACGAUGGCUCAGACUACCACGAAAUCCUGCGAGGCCAUGAGACACUCUCGCACCCAUUUGCGAUUACCUUGUUUGGCAACUAUGUUUACUGGACUGACUGGAGGACCAACUCAGUCAUCCGGUGCAAUAAGUGGAAUGGCUCUGAUGUUCAGAUAGUACAGAAGGCUGCUAUACAACCUUUUGAUAUUCAAGUAUUUCACCCGUCGAGGCAACCAAAAGGCAACGGCAAGAACGGCUGUGCCGCAAAUAAUGGUGGCUGCUCUCAUCUCUGCCUCCUGAGCUUCAACAACACUUACAAGUGCAACUGCCCACAUCUGAUGCGUCUCGGAGACGAUGGCAGGACAUGCCAUAGCAUGGAGCGUGUCCUGCUUUUUUCGAGGCCCAACGAAAUUAGAGGUGUUGACCUCGAUAUGCCAUAUUACCAUGUCAUUCCGCCCUUCAGUUCUCCCAAGGUUAUUCAUGCAGUGAAGCUGGAUUUUGAUUCCAAACGGCGCAUGAUCUACUGGUCGGACACACACCUAAAUGAGAUAAAGCGGGCUUCCCUGUUAGGCUCAGCUGUCGAAACUAUCAUUGACACUGUUAUUGAAAACCCGUAUGGUUUUGCUGUGGAUUGGAUCUCGAGGAACAUGUUCUUUACGUCUUAUGGCGAGGCCGGCAAGCACAUCUUUGCCUGCAGCCUGGAUGGAGAGUAUGUGUCGUCAAUCAUAGAUACCAACUUGGACUCGCCAGGCUCUCUGGCUGUUCAUCCCACCUUGGGGUUGAUCAUGUGGACUGACCAUGGGUCUCCGCACGAAAGAAUUCAAGUUGCCAAGAUGGAUGGGUCAGCACGAAAGACGCUGACAUCACGCCUCGAUAACCCAAAACUUGAAGGAUCCACAAGCUUGACAGUGGACUUUGAGACGAACCACCUGUACUGGGUGAAUCGUGACCAAGGCAUGGUCCAGCGACUGCUGCUGACCAGCCUAGAUCCUGUGGCUGAGACUCUGGAUGUGUUGUUGGGUGGCGAGCAGCCGCACGCUCUUGCCAUCUACGGUUCACAGCUGCUGCUAGCCACCGACUACGCCAUACAUGUUGCCGACAAGAGCAGCCCUAAAAAUGCCACUGUCCUGCGCAACAAUACAGACACUGUGCUCGCACUUGCCGUCUAUGAUGCCAGCCAACAAACUGGUCAAAAUCUUUGCAGCAGCAAUAAUGGAAACUGCUCUCACCUAUGUUUACCAACAUCACAAACUUCAAGGGUCUGCAAGUGCACAACUGGAUUUCUGCCUGAUCCAAGCGACGAGACUAAGUGUGUCGGUUAUGCUGAAUUUCUUUUGUACUCCAUCAACUAUGAGAUACGAGGCACAUCUUUGGUGUCAUCAUCAGUACCAUCUCAGCGCGUGCUGGCUCCCAUCUCCAGGGUCUCUAUGGCAACAUCUAUUGACUUUGUUGAUGAAUACAUUUACUGGGUGGAUUCAGAAGGGGGUAGCAUCACCCGAAUUCACAGAGACAUGACUGGACGGGAGACUGUUGUCAGUGGUCUUGAUGCCAUUGAAGGACUUGCAAUUGACUGGGUAGCAGGGAACAUGUACUGGAUUGACCCUUCGUACGAUGUGAUCGAAGUGUCGCGGCUCAAUGGAUCCGGCCGCUAUGUUCUCCUUUCCGGUAACAUGGAUAAGCCUCGGGCCAUUGUUGUGCAUCCGUACAAAGGGUACAUCUUUUGGAGUGAUUGGGGCGUACCACCGAAGAUAGAACGGGCAGCUCUGGAUGGCUCCAACCGCGUCGUCCUUGUCAAUGCAUCGGUGCAGCUAGUGAACGACCUGGCCAUCGACUUUGAAGAAGACAAGCUCUACUGGUGCGACUCACGCACCGACACAAUCGAGAAGGGUCAAUUUACUGGCACAGGGCGUGAGACCGUCUUUCCACCACCCUCUGGAGCAGAGGAGGAAGAUGCAGAGGACACACACCGUCCGCUGCAGAACCCUUUUUCGCUUGCUGUUCAUGGUACUUUCGUCUACUGGGCCGACACCCAUCGUGAGGACGGGUCAAUUUUCCGUGUCAAAAAGCAUGACCCAGGCCUCGAGGAAAUGCUGGUGAACCACUUGACAGAUUCGAUCAAGGAUCUGCAGGUUUUCCAUACACGACCGAAACAGAAGACGAACAACCCGUGCAGUGUGGGCAAUGGAGGUUGUCAGGAGCUAUGCCUGUACAAGGGAGAUGAUGGCCACACCUGUGCCUGCUCCCAUGGCCGAGUGGCUCCUGAUGGACGAACUUGCCAAGAUUACGAAGGCUUUGUCAUGUUCUCGCGGGUGCGCACUAUAGACAGCAUUCACAUGAUGGACGAGACAAAUCUGAAUGCACCAUUUCCAAGCAUCUCCAGUUCAGAGUAUAUGCGCAACAUCAUCGGUCUUGCAUUUGACUACUCUGAGCGCCGCAUCUUCUACUCAGACAUCCAGCGUGGCAGCAUCAACAGUGUUCACUUCAAUGGCUCUGGGCACACCGUUCUCGUUCAGAAGCAAGGCUCGGUCGAAGGCCUUGCAUACGAGCCUGUGAACAAUGAACUCUACUGGACCAGCCACAGGGACGCCUCUGUCGGCCGAGUCAGCCUGUCCGACCCAACCGCCCUUCCUGAAAAGAUUGUCAAGCUGGGAACUGAAGACAAGCCUCGAGGCAUUGUCGUCAGCAGCUGCAUCAAGCGGGUAUUCUGGACUAAUUGGAACAGCCACCACCCAAGCAUCCAAAAGUCGUACCUCAAUGGCUACGAGCUGGAAUCGAUCAUCACUACCGACAUUCGCAUGCCCAACGGCAUUGCCAUUGAUCACCAGCUGCAAAAGCUGUACUGGUCUGACGCACGUCUUGACAAAAUCGAACGCUGUGACUUCAAUGGCGGGGAUCGUCACGUGUUGCUAAGCGAGCACCCGCAGCAUCCUUUCGACUUGGCCGUAUACGGGGACUUUGUGUUCUGGACUGACUGGGUGGCGCACGCCGUGCUGCGUGCCAACAAGCACACAGGUGCUGACGUCGUUGUGCUGCGCAAAAAUGUCGUGCGACCAAUGGGCAUCAUUGCUGUGGCCAAUGACACCAACGACUGCACACUGAGCCCCUGUUCUACACUGAACGGUGGCUGCGAAGAUCAGUGUGUGGUUGCUACAAAUGGAACCAUCUACUGCCAGUGCUUCCCUGGAAGAACUCUGAUGUCAGAUGGGAGGCGAUGUGCCGUCAAGAUUGCCAACUGUACCAGUGUAGAAUUCCAGUGCGGUGAUGGGGCUUGCAUUCCAUUUGAGCUUGCCUGUGAUGGUGUGCAGGCUUGUCCCGAUGGCUCUGACGAAAAUGUCAUUGACUGUGCCAUGUUGACGUGCCCCGAAGGUUUCUACAGAUGCCACAACGGGCGUUGUGUGUCCAAGAACCGUGUUUGUGAUGGCUUGGAUGCAUGUGGCGAUUACAGUGAUGAGCUGAACUGUACUUGCAAAGGUGACCAGUUCAAGUGCGCUCGGGGCCCCUGCAUUCCAUCUAACUUCGUCUGCGACUUCGAGCCAGAAUGCCCCGACGCCAGUGAUGAAAUCAACUGCCCUAAGCCUGACUGCACGAGACACCCGAUGACCUUGCACCCGAAUUUGCUUCUGGUGAACUGUGAGAGGACAACUGCGUGCAUUCACUUGGGCUGGAUAUGUGAUGGCCAGAACGACUGUUGGGACUUCUCAGAUGAAGAGAACUGUCAAACUACCACACCGCAGGUGUCCUGUCCAGCCAUGUCCUUCCGCUGCCUGAAUGGCUUGUGCAUUCCGGAUUCCUGGCGUUGUGAUCGGGACAUGGAUUGCGAGGAUGGCCACAAUGGUUCACUAAGCUCGGACGAGAAGGGCUGUGAAUACAAAUGUGCAAGGGACCAGUUUCAGUGUACAGAUGGCGAAUGCAUAAGCCUUCUGAACCGCUGUGAUGGCCAACCUGACUGCUCGGACGGCUCUGAUGAACCACCAGCAUGUCGUAUGCGCCAGUGUGGCGACAGCGAGUUCAAGUGCAAUAGCACAGGCCAGUGCAUCCCCAACGCCUGGAAGUGUGAUGGCGCUGGUGACUGCCUGGACAACUCUGACGAGGACCCAAGUCUCAACUGCACUCUUCGACAGUGCAAGGCUAAUGAGUUCAAGUGCCUCAACCAAGUCUGCAUAUUGGAUAGCUUCUACUGCGAUGGAGAUCAUGACUGUGAGGAUGGCUCGGAUGAACCAGACACCUGUGAGAAACACCGUUGUCGGGAGAACCAAUUUGCAUGCAAUAAUGGGCGCUGCAUUUCCAACCACGCGACCUGCAAUGGCUGGGAUGAUUGCCGGGAUGGGUCCGAUGAGAAACCAGACUUGUGUCACAAGCAAACCGCCAAGAAUUCCUCAUGUCCCGAUGGCAACUUUUUGUGUGCAAACAAGAACUGCGUCAAUGACAGUCUCCUAUGCAAUGGGGAGAAUGACUGUGGUGACUUCUCUGACGAAGACCAGUGCAAUGUCAAUGAAUGCGAGUUGUCGACGCACGCUUGCUCACAGAUUUGUGAGGACCGCCCGAUAGGCUACAAGUGCGGCUGUCAUCCUGGCUUUGAGCCUAAAUAUGACGGCCACAUCUGCGAAGAUGUGGACGAAUGCACCACGAAGUAUCCUUGCACCCACCACUGUCGCAACACAUAUGGGUCGUUUGCCUGCACAUGUGCGGAUGGCUAUUUUUCCAUUGAUGCAGGCCGCACCUGCAAGGCAAACUCCUCUGUGCGAGCGCAUUUGCUGUUGUCAAAUCGUUAUUACAUACGGCAAAUUGACUUGCACAAAAUCAGUUCAGAGAUACUAGCCCAGAAUCUCACCAACUCUGUGGCUCUGGACUUUGAUUCGGUCGAAGACUGCAUCUACUGGUCGGAAGUGACAGCUGUGGGAAGCUCCAUCAAGCGUAUGUGCCUCAAAGGGAGGCAGCAGCAUGAGGUGCUGCACUCCACCACAGUACAGAAUCCAGAUGGCUUAGCUGUGGAUUGGAUUGGUAGGAACCUCUAUUGGUGUGACAAAGGCAAAGACACAAUUGAAGUGUCUCACUUGGAUGGAAAGUUCCGCAAGGUACUCAUUAGAACUGGUCUCGAAGAACCUCGUGCCAUAGUUGUGGAUCCUGUUGAUGGCUACAUGUACUGGACAGAUUGGGGUGAGCACCCAUACAUUGGAAAAGCAGAGAUGGAUGGCUCAAAUGUGCAAGUUCUGGUGAACGAGUCUUCAGAGUCUAUGGGCUGGCCCAACGCACUCACCUUGGAUUUGAUCACUCGCCAGUUGUUUUGGGCUGAUGCCAAACACGACUACAUUGCAACGGCCAAUUUAGAUGGAGGCAACAUUCGCAUCCUUGCUAGAAAUGGGCCCACAUCCCCAUUGCACCAUGUGUUUGCUAUGACGCUGUUUGAAGACAAGCUCUACUGGACUGACUGGGAAAGCAAGGCAGUGCUGUACUGCAACAAGAACAACUGCACCAACAUCACCACACUUGUCCGCACUGCCAUUCGACCUAUGGACAUUCAGGUGCAACACCCCUGAGGACAGAGGCCAAUGCCGGACAACCCCUGCCAAGAUAAUGGUGGCUGUGCGACGCUGUGCUUACUCAAAGCUGGGGGCAAGUCUACGUGCGCGUGCCCCGAAAAUUACGUCUUGCAAGGGGACUCUGUAUCUUGCGAGAACAACUGCACCAGUUCACAGUUUGUAUGUGAGAAGACGUACAAGUGCAUUCCCUCCUUGUGGCGUUGUGACACCCAGGAUGAUUGCGGUGAUGGCUCUGACGAGCCGCCCAGUUGUCCACCAUUUUUGUGCAGCCCUGGCCAGUUCCAGUGCGCCGAUGAACAGUGUAUCCAGCCUAGCCAGUUGUGUGACGGCAAGCCGCAGUGCACAGGUGGCGACGAUGAACACGACUGUGACAAGUACACCUGCUUGCCAAGCCAGUUUAAGUGUCCUGGCAAUGGGACAUCGCAGGCAUACUGCAUAUCAGUGGCGUCACGUUGUGAUGGCCACAUCGACUGUGCCAUGGGUGGCGAGGAUGAACUCAACUGCCCUCCGAAGACUUGUCCAGCGAAUCAGUUUAAAUGCAACAACAGCCGUUGCAUUCCUGAUGUGUGGACUUGUGAUGGAGACAAUGACUGCUUUGAUGGAUCAGACGAACCACCUAACUGUGCCGACAGAGAAUGCCCUCCAAAUUCAUUCCGUUGUUCAUCCGGGCGCUGCAUUCCUUUGGCAUGGCGCUGUGAUGGUGACUACGACUGCUCGGGUCGGGAGGACGAAGGCUCUUCGUGCGAUGAGGAAGCCAUGAGCUGCCACCCAUCUUAUUUCCGUUGCAACAAUGGCCGAUGCCUGCCUGGCCAUUGGCAGUGCGACUUUGACGACGACUGUGGGGAUGGUUCAGAUGAGAAGGACUGCGAACGCCGUACUUGCUUGAACAACGAGUUUCAGUGUGCGAAUGGGAGGUGCAUCAAGGCUUCCAUGCAUUGCAACGGAGAGUUCAACUGUGAGGAUCGCAGUGAUGAGGCCAACUGCAAUUCGACAUGCCGUUCCAAUGAGUUCUACUGCAAAGUUGUGGGCCACUGCAUCCACAAAGAGUGGCGAUGUGAUGGCGAUGUAGAUUGUGCUGAUGGUUCGGAUGAAGAAGGUUGCAAUAUUGCUUGUAAAGCAGGAGAGUUCCAAUGCCAGAAUGGGGCUUGCAUUACUAGUGCAUUCCAGUGUGAUAAUGAAGAUGAUUGUGGAGACGGCUCUGAUGAAGACCACCACAAUUGCUUGCAUUUCGCAUGCCCUCCCGGAAAAUUCAAGUGCAAGAACAGUCUAUGUGUACCGGGCUCAAGCGUGUGCGACGGAAAGGAUGACUGCGGGGAUAAUUCCGAUGAGGACUCCCCUCAGUGUCAUCAUUGCAAGCCGCACGAGUUCAAGUGCAAGAGCCAAAGAUGCAUAGCGAUCAGUUUAUUCUGCAAUGGCAUUGACGACUGUGGUGAUAGCACUGAUGAAGAAGACUGCGACACGGGACCCUGCCGAUUUGGCACCUGUUCACAGACGUGCAACAUCAAGAAGAAUUCCACCCACAGCUGCAGCUGUGCUCACGGUUUCGUUAAAGAUCACCGACGCAACAAUUCCUGCGUGGCACAAGGAGACAAAGCCUUCCUACUGGUGGCAAGUGAAAAUGAGCUCCGCCACGUAGACCCCUACAAGUCGUCGCACCAAGACGGUCAAGGCAUGCUGGGCAACCUGGACCCUUCGAAUCGGAUUCACGCCGUUGACCUGUUCUACAAUGACUCUCAGACGCUGGUGUUCUGGGCCAGCUUGCACAUGGGUGCUAUUUACCGCAGGCGCCUUUCACCACUGCCCCGAAGAAAAGAUAAUGUCCGACGCAAGCGACAAGCAGCUGGUGAUGCAGCUGUACUGUUGGGCAACCUGACUGAGCCAAGAGGGCUGGCUGUGGAUUGGGUCGGCCAGAUGCUAUACUGGGUGGAUGCAGGAGAACACAGCAUCUCUGUUGCCUCCCUGGAUGGCCAUCUGCGACGAACUCUCAUCUCUGAGAACUUAGACCAGCCCAAUGACAUUGCAGUGGAUCCCCACUCUGGGUACCUGUUCUGGACGGAGACAGGCUCCAAGCCUAGAAUUGGCCGUGCAAACUUGGAUGGCUCCAAUCCCCGCACUUUGGUAGAUGCACGUGUAAUCUGGCCCACUGGCAUUGCCGUGGACCACGCAGCAGGCCGUAUAUACUGGGCUGACCGCAAAGCAUCCCUUGUGGAGACGACCAACCUCGACGGCAAAUUGCGUCACAUUGUUUACAACAGGACAGCUCAUAAUAGUGCACAUGCACAUGAGGAAAGCCCCUACCGGGUGGACGUCUUUGAGGACAGCCUCUACAUCAGCACCUUCCCAAGCAACGCCAUACUGCGUGUCAGCAAGUUUGGAGGAGGCAAAAUUACUUACCUGAUUCGAGGCCUGCAUAGGGCCACUGACGUGGUAAUUGUUCAGGAGCACAAGCAGGGUGCACCAAUGAACAACCCCUGCAGCAAGAACCCGUGUGGCUCUGGUGCCCUAUGCGUGCUUCGCAACUCCAAGGACUUCAGUUGCCUCUGUCCAGAUGGCAUGGUGGAGACCAGGACUGUGGAUCGCACAACAGCUUGUACCAUUGUGGCCCCUACGCCUCCUUCACCUGAUGCCAAGUGUGAGCUGAACUGCCUUAGUGGAGGAACCUGUGUUCUCGGCAACAAUCAUCAGCCCUUCUGCAGGUGUCCUGUGGGUUAUACAGGAAAAAGAUGUGAGCGGUAUGUGUGUUCCCAGUACUGCAAAAACAAAGGCCUAUGUAACGUCAUCACAAGCCAGGAGAUGUACUGCAUUUGUCCUCCACAGUGGACUGGCAAGAGAUGUGAGACACCUCUCAACAUAUGCGAACUCUGCAUGAGAGAUGGAUCAUGUACCAAUGGAUUUGCAGACGUCAGAUGCAAGCAUUGUAUCUUGAGAUGCACCCAAGAGGACCCUUGCCGCUCUCAGGGAGAAGAAGACCACUGUGUGCAUGGGGUGUGCCGUGUCAAUGAGACCGGUGUACGCCAAUGCAUAUGCGACAGCAGUUACACUGGUGAACGCUGCGACAGGCUCACACCACUGUGUGAUUCGUACUGCAGAAAUGGGGGAACUUGCCUGGGGCGAAAGAAGCUUCCGUGCACAUGCCCACCUGGUCUUCUCGGCAGUGACUGCUCCCCAGGUGGCUCAAGCUGUGGCUGCCUGCACGGUGCCACCUGCAUCACCACUAAACACGAAGGAGGGCUGGCACAGCGCUGCGUCUGCCCAGCGGGAUUCACAGGCGAGCGCUGCGAGAGUCGUCUCGCCGACAUCUGCCUCGAUUUCCCCUGCCUCCAUGGUGGCAUCUGCUACACCUCAGUGGGUCAACCCAUCUGCAAGUGUCCCCAGGGCUGGGGUGGCCUGCACUGCGACCAAAGCAGCAGCUGCAGAGGCUUUUGCUUCAACCAUGGCACAUGCUUGCUUUCAUCUCAGAACGAUGCAAUGCCAUCGUGUCUGUGUGCUCGAGGAUUCACUGGCCCACGCUGCCAGGACAGGGUUGACCAGAUUGCUUACAGCGACCACGGCACCUCGUCCUCUGACAACUUGCCCAAUAUCUUGGGCGCUAUCCUGAUUCCUGUGGUUGUCACUAUUUCACUGGUUGUGCUCAUUACCAUGGCAGUGCUCAUCUACAGGAAAAGAAAGCGGUCCAGGCCAUUCCACCAUGUGCGCAUGCAAGAAAGUGGAGGAGGUGGUGGCGGCAAUGUGGAAAUUAGCAAUCCCAUCUAUCUUCGUGGUGACUGUGAGGACGAUGCUGCGGAAGCUCUGAAUGCUUCCUUUACUCUCGACCCGGACAAGGCCACGAACUUCAGCAAUCCAGUGUAUGAUUCACUGUAUGCUGACAGCAAUGGAACCGGCGAAGAAAAGAAGGGGCUACUGCAGGGAGAGCCGCAAGUGGACUUCUUUGACGGCCAGAACUCUACGGGCCCCUGCAACGAUCACCCACUCGCCUAACAGUCAUUGAUCUUCACAAGAGGCUGCAGCAUUGCAGCGAUACGGCACCACAUCACGACAGUUGCGCAGCAAAACUUCGGAUACAGGCGAAAGGCUGCCCUGGAAGGAAAUUCCCGGUUCUCACCAUUUCGCAACCAAAGGACCAGCUCAAGGUGUCGCAAGUGCAUCUACUACUCGAGCGUGAGGAGUGAGGUGCUACCGUAUCCCUCCUUCAGCAUCUCACAACUUGUCAUCAGCUUUCAGUUUACGCAAUUGUGUAACUACCGGCAAGUCUAUUUGUGCCGAACUUGUCACUGCAGGUGGUACGUGCGUGUUGGUCGAGAGGACAGUCAAAGAUGGUCUCUUCUCCUAUUUUUUUACUUUAUAUGAGGUCACAGAGUCACCUGAUGCAUACAUGCCAUUUGUCAUUCGCACACAAGAAGUUUCAAGGAGAACUUUGUAGUUUGUUGUGCCCUCUGUUUCCUUUUUCUCCUGCACUCUGUUGCACGUGCCAAGUGUCCUGUAUUUUUCCAUCCUCAAUCGUUUCACAUAUUGGCUUGCUGUAAAAGUGGGCAAGAUUUGCAUUUCACCGGUAUAAUACUACUUUAUCGAAGGGUCGCCCCACCACUGACAAUUCUUACAGAUGCAUUUACGUGCGUAGUACAUAGUUUUGCUCUUGUUAUGUGACGCGAAUCAUUACUCUCAGCAAGGGUAAUUACGCCGGCAAAGUGAAGCAUGAGAAUGAAGUGGCAUGUCUUUCUACAACGGUCACAUGGACAGCCUUUUUUUUUUUUCUUUUUUUGUGGUACAUACUCUAGCUGCAUACUCUCCCAGGGAAAAAUAGCAUUUGCCGAGGAACAGUCUUGAACAUGGUAGCUUGAAGUGCUAGUCACAUACAUUGUCUGUAUAUCUGUCUGCCUUUCUGAACGUUAUGCAUUUUGUAGUCUUUCAUUUUUUUUUUUUCAGCUCUUGGUUUUCACGCUGUAAAUGUUCUUUCACUACUUAAAUAGGAAGUCACUUUGCUUUUGGGACCUUGAGCAAUGAAUAUUGCCCUGCCAUUUACGCAUGCCAUUUUUUUAACUUUUGGCACACAUUAAUACUAAUGAGAGGCAGCUAAACAUUUUUAAUUAAAAACACUUUUAUGUUAUGCAUCGAAUGAAGUUUGCUGUUCAAGUGAACAAGGUAGCAAGCCCAAAUUUUGAGUAAGUUUGCCCAUCGGGGCUUGCGUGUGCACCUAAUGAGAGAAGUUGCCCCCCGCGCCUGUAGCUAUGCUGACUUAGGCCGCUUGUUUUAGGGUCGUUUUAAUUUUAUUUUUUAGUAGUCUUUUUGGAAAAAAUGAGGGUCUUUUUGUUGCGGCUAGUAGCUUAUUAAUUUACUACAGCAUGAGAUUGUCCUGCAUCGCAGAGGUAUUGACUUGCUGAUACAAUCAUAUAUCGUUUUUUUUUUUCUUGUACAAUUGGUUUUACUUGCCCUGCCAUGGUACUGCUGUGCACUGAGACAGCAGAGUGCGUCCCCUCCAGCAGCAGCUGUGAAAAAAUAAUCACACUGCCGAGGGAACGUCUUGUGGAUUUGUCCAGGGAACCCGUGCCAAAGAAACAGCCCUUAUUAAGCUGAGUGCGACUUUGUGCUGUCAUUUAGUGGGACGUAGACAGUUGAAGUGCAUGUGUGUAGCCAUUACUUUCCAGGCAGCUUUUUUACUCCACCAAUUGACACUUACUUGCCCUCUGGCUUCUUCACCUGAUAUUAAGCAUUAUAAAUGUUGUACAUAGUAGCUCACUUAUGGAGGUCUCAUGGUACUUGUAGCAAUAGUGUGUCAAUCAAGACAGAAAUAUUCCAUAUCUUCCCAAGAGUUUCUAUUAUCUUUUUGUUUCAGUUGGACUCUGUUUUGUUUCCACAAGUUUACGAGCCUGUGUAUGUACAUUUUAACACUAUGCUUUGUGCAAGUUGUCAGUGUUUUCAUAUAAGUAGUGGGGAUGUGGCUGUGCCGAUUUUCUGUCCAGUGGCUCACUGAUAAGCAUGGCAGUUGUGAGCUGUGAACAAGGUCUUUUGCAACUACAUAUUGCUCAAGAUGUGCUUAAAGAAAAAAAUUAUAAUAAUAAAACCCUGUUGCACUUGUAAAAUAUAGCACUACGUCAAUUGACAGAUGACAGUUCUUCCAUUCUCAUUCUUGCUCCCAAUCUGCUAAUCACUAGUCACAGGUUUCAGCGACACUGCAAACCUAACUGGUGCAGAAAAAGUCUACCCAGCCACUCUUUCCGCUAUUGCCGGUGAGCACGGGUUCUGAGGCCUGCUCUGAGGAUGAGUGACUUGAAUGCAUUUUAAUCAGUACUGGUUGUAAAUGAAACUUUCUUUUAGCUUGUGGGGUUGAGCAGCUCAAUUUUGUAGUUGUUUUUUGCAAUCUGUAUUGUUGUGUUGUGAUACUGUAGGUGUACAAAAGAAUAAAUGUGAUGAUAAUUGCUGCAGCGAA